GUCCUUGUCUCCUCCUGGCACCAGGCUACGUGCCGUGUCCAAUCUACGAGACGAGGAACGGUCGACCGGUCAUCGUCCAGCAACCGGCAAACCUCACCACUCUCUCUGACAAUCUGCUCAGUGCUGCGAAAUCCUUCAUCACAAACAAAGCAGCAAAGAAUAGCCCGUUCUUCUCUCUACUAUGCGUUCCACCACACCCACAGUCCUCAGUUCUCGGGACAGAGAUUUGUGAAUACCUCCAUCAGAGGACCUUAUGGAGAUUCUCUGAGGGAAAUUGACUACUCCGUUGGUCAAAUCCUCAAGACUCUGAAAAGUCUCGGUCUCUCCAACGACACCUUCAUCUUCCUCACAUCUGACAACGGUCCAGCACUGGAGAAUGGGGUACUGGGAGGAGUGUCUGGACCGCUGAGGUGUGGGAAGUCCUCGACCUGGGAGGGAGGACUGAGGGUGCCGGGCAUCGCAUUCUGGCCCGGCAAGAUUCAGCACCGCAGAUCAGCUCAGCUGUCUUCUACUCUGGACCUCCUGCCAACAAUCUUCAACUUGGCUGGAGCU